CACCCCUCGCUACUGCGGGUUCCCGUGUCCUAUAUAAAUAUACAUACACCUCCUGACCACUUGAACAAGAAAAGGAAUACAACACCAGCUACUACAUCUUCUUCAUGUACUAUUAACAUCAGCCUACUCAUUUUCAUUCUCUGCCUUUCUCAAUCAACCAAUCAGAAACAAAAUACUAGUACUAGUAUAAUACCGGUCGAAAGCCUUCAUUGCAGAGUCCUCUGAAAAAAAAAAUGGCAUCCGCUUCUCUAGCUUUCCCUUCUCUCCACCUCCAAUUCCCUUCACAAAGAUCACCAAACUUAACAUCACGCCACCCCACCCACCGCCUCAUCAUCCGUGCUUCCGUCUCAUCGGAAAAACCAUCUGCCCUGCCGCCGCUGUCUACGGCGGCGAAGGCUGAAAAACCCACAAGCCUCCCGAUCCGAAAAAUCCCGGGUAACUACGGGCUCCCCUUGAUCGGCCCCCUCAGAGACCGGCUCGACUACUUCUACAACCAGGGCCGCGACGACUACUUCAAGUCCCGCAUCCAGAAGUACCAGUCCACCGUGUUCCGGGCCAACAUGCCGCCGGGCCCCUUCAUCUCCGCCAACCCGAACGUCGUCGUCCUCCUCGACGGCAAGAGCUUCCCCGUCCUCUUCGACGUCACCAAGGUCGAGAAGAAGGACCUCUUCACUGGCACCUACAUGCCCUCCGUCGACCUCACCGGCGGCUACCGCGUCCUCUCCUACCUCGACCCCUCCGAGCCCUCCCACGGCAAGCUCAAGCGCCUCAUGUUCUUCCUCCUCAAGUCCAGCCGCGACCGCGUCAUACCCGAGUUCCACGACGCCUACACCGCGCUCUUCGAGACCCUCGAAUCCGAUCUGGCUGAGAAGGGCAAGUCCAGCUUCGGCGACGCCAACGACCAGGCCGCGUUCAAUUUCCUCGCCGGAUCCUUAUACGGGACUAACCCCGCCGACACCCCGUUGAAAACGGACGGUCCUAAACUGGUUACCAAGUGGGUUUUGUUCCAGAUAGGCCCGGUACUGACCCUCGGCUUACCGAAACUAAUCGAAGAACUCACCGUCCACAGCUUCCGCCUCCCUCCCUUCCUCGUCAAAAACGACUACAAACGACUCUACGAUUUCUUCUACAACGCGUCAACGCCAAUCCUCGACGAAGCCGAACGGAUCGGGGUUUCGCGCGACGAGGCCUGUCACAAUUUGUUAUUCGCAACGUGUUUUAAUUCCUUCGGAGGUAUGAAGUUAUUCUUCCCCAACAUGAUGAAGUGGAUCGGGAGGGCCGGGGUGAAGCUGCACACGGAGUUGGCGCAGGAGAUCAGGUCGGUCGUGCGGUCCAACGGCGGGGAGGUGACGAUGGGGUCGAUGGAGAAGAUGGAGCUGAUGAAAUCGGUGGUGUACGAGUCGCUGCGGAUUGAGCCCCCCGUGCCGCUGCAGUUCGGGCGGGCGAAGCGGGACAUGGUGAUCGAGAGCCACGACGCGGCGUUCGAGGUGAGGGAAGGGGAGAUGCUGUUCGGGUUCCAGCCGUUCGCGACCAAGGACCCGAAGAUCUUCGAGAGGUCCGAGGAGUUCGUGCCGGGCCGGUUCGUCGGGGAGGAGGGGGAGAGGCUGCUGAGGCACGUGCUGUGGAGCAACGGGCCGGAGACGGAGAGCCCGACGACGGGGAACAAGCAGUGCGCCGGGAAGGAUUUCGUGGUGCUGAUGUCGAGGCUGCUCGUGGUGGAGUUCUUCCUGAGGUAUGAUUCGUUCGAGAUUGAGGUUGGGAAGUCGCCGUUGGGGGCAAAAGUCACCGUCACGUCGUUGAAGAGAGCUUCUUUCUGAGAGUCGGUGGCUGUUUUUUUGUUUAAAAUUUUUUUAUUUUAUUUUUUUGCUUUUUUUCGCUUUUGGGUUUUGUAGUAACGGCGGUGCAGGGAAAGUUACUUGCACCGGGAGCAUCGCUGCGUGUUGCUCUCUGGGCCUGACGCUCCCAGUGCUCUCCGGGCCUGUUUUUUACUGCACAUUUAUGGCAAUAGUCCAGGAGCACCAGAUGAUCACUUGCGGUGAACGGUGUUGCUGUCGUGUGAUCUAGGUUUUGGAGUAAUGUGAAGGGUUAGUUUGGUAAAAAUGAAGUUAGAGUGGGUUGGAUCAGGUGUGGGAUAUGAGAAAUGUAGUUUUGGGGGUGGUGGACCUGGUGGUGGUGGUGGUCCCAAAUUGGAAAAUUCUAACAAAGGUAAUAAAAAAGUUUUUUUUUUCUAGUA